AUGUCUGAGAGCCUCGUCUACAAGGGAGCCUUGGUCGGCCACAAGGGCGAUGUCACCGCCAUCGCCACCUCGUCCGAGAACCCGGACAUGAUCUUGACCGCCUCGCGCGACAAGACCAUCAUCAUGUGGUCCCUCACCCGUGACGAGUCGUCGUUCGGCUACCCCAAGCGCAUCCUCCACGGUCACAACGGCUUCGUCUCGGACGUCGUCAUCUCGUCCGACGGCCAGUUCGCCCUCUCGUCGUCGUGGGACAAGACCCUCCGUCUCUGGGACCUCAACACGGGUCUGACGACGCGCCGCUUUGUCGGCCACACCUCGGACGUGCUCUCGGUCUCGUUCUCCGCCGACAACCGCCAGAUCGUCUCGGGCUCGCGCGACCGCACCAUCAAGCUCUGGAACACCCUCGGAGAGUGCAAGUUCAACAUCACCGAGGACGGUCACUCCGAGUGGGUCUCGUGCGUCCGCUUCUCGCCCAACCCCAUGAACCCCGUCAUCGUCUCGGCUGGAUGGGACAAGGUCGUCAAGGUCUGGGAGCUCUCCAAGUGCAAGCUCCGCACGAACCACUUUGGCCACACCGGCUACAUCUCGACCGUCACCGUCUCUCCCGACGGUUCGCUCUGCGCUUCGGGCGGCAAGGACGGCAUCACGAUGCUUUGGGACCUCAACGAGGGCAAGCACCUCUACUCGCUCGAGGCCGGAGACGAGAUCCACGCCCUCGUCUUCUCCCCUAACCGCUACUGGCUCUGCGCGGCGACUGGAUCGGGUGUCAAGAUCUUUGACUUGGAGUCGAAGUCGGUCGUCGACGAGAUCCGCCCCGAGGUCACCCCUACCAAGGACGGCGCCCUCCCCGUCGCUACCUCGCUCGCCUGGUCGCCUGAUGGCUCGAACCUUUUCGCGGGGUACACGGACUCGCAGGUCCGCGUGUUCGGAGUGUCGUCUUUCUCUUCCUGA